AGCGAGCGAGAGAGAGAGAGAGAGAGAGAGAGAGAGAGAGAGAAAUAUAAUACUCUGGAAUGUCCACAGCCACAGAAAGCUCAUGCAAACUCUCAACAUGAAGGAUCGUCUGUCAGUCUCUCUGAUCUGUCUGUCAUGGCUCUUCUUUGGGAUCUCACCCAGUAAUUGUGUGGAGCCAGUGCAUUGCCAGUGGGGAUCCUACGGAGACUGGUCAGAGUGUGAUGGCUGCACUAAAACACAGUCUAGGACUCGUGCCAUGGUGGUAUAUGUCCAGUUUGGGGGGAGCCCAUGCAGUGGAGGGUCCACUCAGACCCAGCCCUGUGAGACUGCUCGAGGUUGCCCCCUGAAGGAAGGCUGUGGAGGGAGGUUCCGCUGCCGCUCAGGGAAGUGUAUCAGCCAGUCUAUGGUGUGUAAUGGAGAUCAGGACUGUGAGGAAGACAACCAGGAUGAACUGAAGUGUGGCCCAGACAAGACAUUCCCUGUUUGUAACAAUGACAAACCACCACCCAAUGUUGAGCAACUAGGACUGGGGUUUGAUGCAGUGACAGGAAAACAGAGAGGAAGUGUGAUCAACACUAAGAGCUAUGGAGGCCAGUGCAGGACUGUCUUCAGUGGGGACAACAAGGUCCUCUACAGGCUGCCCCAGAGCACUCUGAGGUACAACUUUGAGGUCAAAGUUCAGAAUGAUUUCAGUGAUGAAUUCUACACCAGCUCCUGGUCCUACGCCAAGGACGUAGUCAAGAGAGAGACAACGACGGGUACAACCACAGGAUUCAACAACUAUGACUUACAUAAGACGGAGGAAAAAAACAGGAACAACCACCUGUUGGUGGUAAAGAACAACGUGGAGGUGGCUCAGUUCCAGAACCACGCCCCAGGAUACCUCUCUCUGUCUGAGGAGUUCUGGAAGGUUCUGGCCACGCUCCCCACUGUGUACGACUACGCUACCUAUAGGAUGGUGGUGGAGAGGUUUGGAACCCACUACCUGUCUGAGGGGACCCUGGGUGGAUACUUCCACGCCUUACUCAGCAUCGACCAGGAAACAGCCACACAGAUGGCCAAGGUCAAGUGGGAGUAUAAUGAGUGUACCAAGACCAAACACCGGAUUCUGUUCAUUUCAUGGACAACCGAGAAAUGUAGAGAGAAUGAAAAUAAUUAUACACUACCCAACCCCCCAUCCAUCAGUAGGUCUGACACGGUAAAGAAGGUGGAUGUGGAGGGAGGGGCCACUGCACACAUUGCAGCCCUCAAGGCUCUGGACCUCAGAGCUCCAGGUAGAAACUGGGAUAUGUACAAGAACUGGGCGGAGUCUGUGCGGACCUUCCCUGCAGUCAUCAAACGAAAGAUGAGGCCUCUGUAUGAGCUGGUGAAGGAGGUGCAGUGUGCUGGGAUGAAGAGGCUCCACCUGAAGCGUGCCAUAGAGCAGUACCUGAAUGAGAGGCACCCAUGCCGCUGCCAGCCAUGCAGGAACAACGGCCUAGUGGUGAUGGCUGGGGAUAAGUGUAGCUGCAUCUGUAAACCUGGGACAGACGGACUGGCCUGUGAGAAGGGGAAGGAGGUGGAGGGGCAGGAGGGGGUGAUACAUGGCAGCUGGUCUUGCUGGUCUGGCUGGACUUCUUGCUCUGGAGGUCAGAGGUCACGAACACGUGCAUGCAGUAACCCCGCCCCUCAGAGAGGCGGCCAUCACUGCAACGGAGAGGUCAGGGAGACGACAGGCUGCGAUGACGACCAAGACCUGCAAUACCUCCAGACCAUGGAGCCUCAGUGCUUUGACCUGACCGUCCCACCUAAGGAGACUUGCAGGAGCCCACCUCCUCUCCCUAAUGGCUAUGUCCUGGAUCCAAAAGAUGUGUAUCUGGUGGGCAGUAAGAUUGAAUACACCUGCAUAGAGGGCUACCAUCUGAUUGGAAUACGGAUCGCAGAGUGCACUGUUGCUCUGACAUGGAGCACACCUUCCAAAGAGUGCAAGAGCUCCAGGUGCCAUGCUCCGUCCCUUCUAAAUGAUGUCACAGGCUCUCCCUGGCAGCCCACCUAUGACAUAGGGGAACGUAUCCCACUGUCCUGCCCUGAGGGGAGACACAUAGUGGGAGACAAAGAGAUCAUCUGUGACUCCAGUCUGCACUGGUCACCGAACCCCAACACCAUCACAUGUAGCCAAGCACCGAAAACGCUUGAUCACCUUGACGGCCCAGCAGGGCAAUGCAAACCAUGGGAGAAACUUGCCAAAGACAAAUGUAUCUGCAAAAUGCCUUAUGAGUGCACGUCUUCUCUACAGGUGUGUGCCAACAAUCUUGAGAAUGGUCGGACAAAUAGACUGAGCGUGUGCAAGAUGCACACCUUAAAUUGUCUGGGAAGGAGCUACAACCUGGCAGAGGACAGCGCCUGCGAGUGGCCAACCAACACAACUUCACCCUGCACCGACUGCCAGUUAUGGGAGACUUGUGACGGACAAACAAACCAGUGCCGCUGUAAGGACUGGGCUGAGUGCUCAGAUCCAGGGUUGAGUGUCUGUGUCCGUAUGGGGAAUGAUGCUAACAGUACCACCCAGACACUGAGCGAGUGUGAGGCAGGACUGAGGAGGUGUAAAGGAGAAAAGGUGUCAGUUGUCAGCAUACUACCUUGUAGCGCUUAAGAAUCGUGUCCUCUCCUCCGACUCACCAUGUCUGUGAUAAUGACAGUUGUUUUACCCUAUCUCUGUUUUUUACAUCACUCUUCAAAAGCAUUGCUUUGAAGACAUUAAAGCCAUUGAAGUAUAUUAACCACCUAUUAGACUUGUUCUUUUUGUAUGCUUUUUGAAUGGAUUGAUAAUGCUUAUUUUUGUGCCAAUAAACAAAAACAAGUCACAA